AUUUUGGCUCUAGCAUUAAAUGUGCACAUAUACAUACAAACAUAUGUACAUUUAGUAAAUUUAAAGAAUUACACAGAGAAUGUAAACAGCAAAUGGGAACAGAUGUGCAGUAGACAUUGCAAAUGUAACAGUUAUAAUUACAUAUUAAACAUAUAUUUAAUAUUAUAGUAUUAAAUAUAAAUAUUAAAUAUAUUAAAAACAUUUGUUUUUAACAUUGUUAUUAUAUAUCUAAGACACACAGAGGCCUUUAUAGAAACAUUAUUGUAAAUCGAGAUUAAUAAAUGCAGUAAGCAUUGUUCAUUGAUAUCACGGUAUUUCGUCUCGUAUUGAGGGAUUACGUAACAAAAAAGCGAUCAGCGUGCAAACUUUCCCGUUCGUACGACAGAGGGCGCAAUAAUAUAACGGUUGUCCACAGUUCUGUUCUGCAAGACAAAAUAUAAUAAUACAUGAAUACAUUGUAACUUUAGUUUGAUGAGCAGACUUUAUCACAAACAUUUGAUCACAAACAAUAUACUUGUGCGAAAAGGCUGUUGUGUCACUGGAUACCGUAGUUGCCAAACCGUAGUUGCUCCGAUCUAUUGGCAUUCUGGAAGUUUUUCAAUGACAUUUCCCCAAUACACCAACAGUUGACAUUGUUUAAAAGCAUAAUAAACAACAUUUUUGCUAUCGUUUUUUAUUAAAAACAUUCACAGCGUGGUUCAGCAGAUAGGAGGAGAUUAUAGGUCUUGGCCAAUUCUGUGAAAUCAAGAUUAGUGCAGUGGGCGUAACUCCUGCUGAACUUUAUGAUAAACUGUGUUUCUGUUUCCACAUGAUAAAACUUAAAAUCCAGCCAUGCCCUUUCUCUAAGAGAAGCUAAAGAGUAGUUCUGUCAGAAAUUUAUGUCAGGGCUUUUAUCAAUCCCCUACAGUCUGUAAUUAAACGUCAAUACUGGCAAUGGAGUUAAAAAUCACUGCAUUUUUAUUUAAAUAAGUGAUUUUAGUGUUAUCACUCUUAAUUAAUAUGUUCCCCUUUUAUAUGCUCUCAACAUGUUUAAGAGUAAAGUUUUACAUGCUUCUGGUAUUCAUUUAAAUACAUGCAAAGAAUUUUCACAUGCUAUUAUUCCCUUUUUACAGUUUAUUUUAUUUUAGGUUGUAUUCUAGUUGGGUUACGUUUCUGAAAAACACAAAUAGGGCUUGUUGCUGUACUUUCUGCUAUUUUUAAAGCAAAAUCUCACAACACCUCAUACAACAGUUACAUUUUCUGUCAUUUUUAUGUUAAAUAAAAAAAUACAAAAUAAAAAGUGCUUUUUUACACUGAAACUGGCUACUGCUUCUUGCUUAUCAAGAUAUGAUAUGUCCUCCCCUUUUUCACAAAGACAUUUUUGUGAAAUGUUUCACAAAAAAGGGGUGGAGUCAAUAUGUGCGUUCAAAAGAGUGCCCUGCUCAGCUUUAAAAAGCCUUGCCGAAAGCAAGAGAGAGGUUGAAGUUUUUUGGCAGCCUGUCUACAGCUAAUCGAAUCACCAUGAGUCUUACCGCAAAAGACAAAGCCAUCGUGAAGGAAUUCUUCGCCAAGGUUGCCCCUAAGGCUGAAGAGAUUGGAAAUGAGGCUCUGUCAAGGACUCUUUUCGUGUACCCUCAGACCAAGACCUACUUCUCCCACUGGGCUGAUUUGAACCCUGGCUCAGCAAAUGUGAAGAAACAUGGGCUGACUGUGGUGAGGGCAGUCCUCAACGCUGUUGACCUGAUCGAUGAUCUCAAGGGAGGUCUGCUCACCCUGAGCGAGCUUCACGCAUUCAUGCUGCGCGUGGACCCUGCUAACUUCAAGAUCAUCAACCACAACCUGCUUGUGGCUCUCGCCAUCACGUUUCCUGAUGACUUCACUCCUGAUGUGCACGUGUCUGUGGAUAAAUUCCUGGCUCAGGUCAGCCUGGCCCUGUCUGAGAAAUACCGCUAAUGCGACUUUGUAUUCAUCUCCUAUAUGCGACACUGUAUUCGCUUUGAAAAGGAUGCAAUAAUAAAUUUGAUUUUAUGAAACCAACUAUGUCUUUUCUGUGUCUGCACACAAAACAAGAGUGCUUUUCAUAGGCUCUGUGUUAACAUAUUCUUGUCAUGUUUAUUACAACUUUAGCGCUCUAAAUGCUUAAAUAAAACGCAUUGCCAUAAAU